AUGGAGAAAGCAGAAGGGGAAAAUGAAACAUCUAUCACAGAAUUCAUCCUACUGGGAUUCGGGAAUCUCCCUGCACUGCAAAUUCUUUUCUUCUUGCUGUUUCUAGUGAUCUACAUAGUCACCAUGACCGCAAAUAUGCUCAUUGUUGCGCUAGUUGUGGCUGAUCAGCACCUUCACACCCCCAUGUACUUCUUUCUUGGGAAUUUGUCCUGUGUGGAAAUCUGCUACACCUCCACCAUACUGCCCAGGAUGCUGGCCAAUUUCCUGACUGGAGACAAGACCAUUUCUGUGACAGGCUGCAUUGUGCAGUUUUAUUGGUUUGGUGUUUUAGUGACUGUUGAGUGUUAUCUGCUAGCUUUGAUGUCUUAUGAUCGAUACUUAGCGAUAUGUAAACCUUUGCACUAUGCAGCCCUUAUGAAUGGUAGGUUUUGUAUGCAGCUAGCAGCUGGAUCAUGGCUAAGUUCAUUCAUAGUUCUUACCAUAUUAAUAUGUUUGGUGUCACAAUUAGUCUUCUGUGGCCCCAAUGAAAUUGAUCAUUUCUUUUGUGAUUUCACGCCCAUGAUUAAACUCUCCUGCAGUGACACCAAUAUGGUUACCCUGGCGACCCUCAUAUUCUCCUCUGUAGACAUUGUUUCCCCAUUUAUUUUGACCCUGACAUCUUAUGUUUAUAUAAUCUCCACCAUCCUGAGAAUCCCUUCCGCCACUGGGAGGCAAAAGGCAUUUUCCACCUGCUCCUCCCACCUUAUUGUGGUUACAGUUUUCUAUGGCACCCUAAUGAUUGUUUAUAUAUUACCCAACACUGGUUCACUGAGAGCCCUGAACAAAAUUUUUUCUAUCCUUUACACUGUCUUGACACCCCUGAUCAAUCCCCUCAUCUACAGCCUGAGAAACAAAGAUGUCAAGGAGGCCCUGAGACGAGCUCUCCGGAAAGGUAAGGUGUUCAGACAGGGUGAUUGA